AUGGCUGGAGAGAGCAGCUUGUUAUGUGAAGAGCAGUUUGAGUGCAUCAUUUGCACAGAAUUUUUUAGGAACCCAGUGACUCUCCCGUGUGGACAUAACUUCUGUCAAGUCUGUAUCGAGCAGCACUGGAGGGACAAAAAGGUGCGCAAAUGCCCUCUCUGCAACCAAGAGUUCGACAAGUCCCUGAAGCUGAGCAUAAACACUGUGUUCCGAGACAUUGUGGAGAGUUUUAAACAGGAUUAUGAUGUGAGUGAGAGUGAAAAGCCCAGCGGCCCAGACCAGGUGCUGUGUGACUGCUGUCUUCAGAGUAAGCGCAGAGCAGCUCAAACCUGCCUGGUGUGUUUGACAUCAUACUGCACGGCACACCUGGAGCCUCACCGCAGAGUGGCCGCUUUAACCACACACACACUGACAGAUCCUGUGCCAAACCUGCACCAGAACAUGUGCACCAAACACCACAGGAUUCUGGAGGAGAGCAGCUGUGGCCAGGGAAUGGUCUGUGCAUUGUGUUCCAGUAAUGAGACAAGCAGCACAAGAGGAGACAACAAGGUUUUCACGCCUCCCUCCGCACGCUGGCUUCACCACUGGAAGAGUUUACUACGAUGUUCCCAACACUAG